AUGGGUCUCCCCAAGCACUCUGGCCCCCGCACGCUCCAGAAGGAGGCUGCGGCAUUUGGGGGAUUCACCAGGCAAUAUGUCCCCAGGCCUGGGCUGCCAACCAGGCUGCGUGAACCGGUGGUGCUGACGCAGGCUUCCUCACUGGCCACCCCCUGGUGCCUUAGAACGCAGCCUGCACGGGCCUCCGCGGAAGCUGGUCUCAGCUGCCCUGUCCUGCCGAAGGCCGGCCAGCGGCUUCGGCUGUUCUGGAGAUCCGCACCUGACGAGUAUCGCGUUGUCUUGCGGGAGUCAGGGCACAUGGAUGUGGCGAAGGCUGCUGUAGCAGUGGGCGUCUCAGACUCUGACUUGAGAGUGUGGUCUCCUCAGCAGUAA